CGCCCCUACUCGUCGCCUACCACGGCAAGUUCUGAUGCCUUUCCAGCCGCCACUAGCCUUAGCCUCCACCAUUCUCUCUCACUUUAGUUGGGAUAUGGCGCAUAGGAAAACAGAAGCUGGACGAAAGUGACGGAAAAGGAAGUAUAAAAUAAACAGAGCUUAGCUGGUUUCCUCUUCUGCUUCUUUAUCUUCCUUCUACUCUCUUCUUUCCUUUUCGUUUCUUCGUCUUCACCGCCACCAUAAUCAAAACAUCAACUUGAGUGGAUUAAAGAGUUGCGCAGAAGAAAAAAAGCAAUCUUUUUCUUUAAUGGGCACCGGGUGGCUGGUGGUGGUGACGGCGGCGCUUCUGUUGUCUCUACUUACCCCGGCGGCCGCCUCAGUUGCCUACGAUCACAAGGCAAUAAUCAUAAAUGGUCAGCGAAGGAUUCUCAUUUCCGGGUCCAUUCACUAUCCGAGAAGUACCCCUGAGAUGUGGCCGGAUCUGAUUCAGAAGGCUAAAAAUGGAGGUUUGGACGUUAUACAAACCUAUGUCUUCUGGAAUGGACACGAGCCCUCUCCUGACCAGUAUUUUUUUGAGGAUAGAUAUGAUCUGGUUCGCUUCAUCAAGCUAGUGCAGCAGGCUGGCCUCUAUGUCAACCUUCGCAUUGGACCCUACAUUUGCGCUGAGUGGAAUUUUGGGGGAUUCCCAGUCUGGCUAAAAUACAUUCCUGGGAUCCGGUUCCGAACGGAUAACGAGCAUUUCAAGGCUGCAAUGGAGAAAUUUACAGCAAAGAUAGUUUCUAUGAUGAAGGCUGAAAAUCUAUUCGAGUGGCAAGGUGGCCCCAUCAUCCUUUCUCAGAUUGAGAACGAAUUUGGGCCACCCGAGUAUGAUCAAGGAGAACCUGCCAAGAACUAUGUAGCAUGGGCUGCAGGAAUGGCGGUCGGUCUCGACACAGGAGUCCCAUGGAUCAUGUGCAAACAAGAUGAUGCUCCCGAUCCUGUUAUUAACACCUGCAAUGGUUUUUAUUGUGAUUACUUCUACCCAAACCAACCUUAUAAACCUACCAUGUGGACAGAAGUUUGGACAUCCUGGUUCACUGGAUUUGGAGUUCCUGUGCCACAUCGGCCUGUUGAAGACUUGGCCUUUUCUGUUGCGAAAUUUAUACAGAAAGGUGGAUCUUUUGUCAACUACUAUAUGUACCAUGGAGGAACGAAUUUUGGCCGCACAGCUGGUGGUCCUUUCAUUGCAACUAGUUAUGACUAUGAUGCUCCAAUUGAUGAAUUUGGUCUAUUGAGGCAACCAAAAUGGGGCCACUUGCGAGAUCUACAUAGAGCUAUCAAAUUGUGUGAGAUGGCUUUGGUUUCUAGUGAUCCUGUUGUGACUUAUUUGGGAAAUUCUCAAGAAUCACAUGUUUUCAGGUCAAAUUCUGGAGACUGUGCUGCAUUUCUUGCCAACUAUGAUGUGAAAUCUUAUGCUAGAGUUACUUUUAAUGGAAUGCAUUAUGACCUUCCUCCUUGGUCUAUUAGUAUCCUUCCAGACUGUAAAACCAUAGUUUUCAAUAGUGCACGGGUAGGAGCUCAGACCUCACUAAUGCAAAUGAAUUGGCUUAGAGGUUUCUCUUGGCAAUCAUACAAUGACGAUACCAACUUUAAUGACGAAUUAUCAUUCACCACUACAGGGUUAUUGGAGCAAAUAAAUGUGACCAGAGAUAUCACUGAUUAUCUGUGGUAUACAACUUAUGUUGACAUAAAUGAAACUGAAGGCUUUUUGAAGGGUGGAUAUUAUCCUGUUCUCAGUGUAAUGUCUGCCGGUCACUCUCUGAACGUUUUUAUUAACGGGCAAUUAUCAGGUACGUCAUAUGGCGGCGUUCAGGAUCCCAGGCUUACAUAUUCUGGAAAUGCGAUGUUGCGUGCUGGAAGCAACACAAUUUCUAUCUUAAGCGCAUCAGUUGGGCUUCCAAAUGUUGGGGAGCAUUUUGAGACAUGGAAUGCUGGGAUUCUUGGACCGGUGGUGUUAAGUGAUCUUGAUGAAGGAUGGAGAGACCUGACAUGGCAGAAAUGGACUUACCAGGUCGGGUUGAAAGGGGAGGCUCUAAAUCUGCAUGCUCUCACUCAAAGCUCCGAAUGGGGCGACGUAGAUGCAAACAAGCCUUUAACAUGGUACAAGGCCUUCUUUGAUGUGCCAAGUGGGAAUGAUCCAUUGGCAUUAGAUAUGAGCAGCAUGGGAAAGGGACAGAUAUGGAUAAAUGGGCAAAGUAUUGGCAGGUAUUGGCCUGCAUACACUGCAAGCGGUGAUUGCAGUUCAUGCGAUUACCGUGGAGAGUACAAUGAGAAAAAGUGCCAAAGUAAUUGCGGGGAACCCUCGCAAAAAUGGUACCAUGUUCCUCGCUCAUGGCUAAACCCAACUGGGAACUUACUGGUUGUGUUUGAAGAAUGGGGCGGGGAUCCAACCGGGAUUUCACUGGUUGCCAGAACUGUAGGGAGUGUCUGUGCUUACGUUUCUGAAUGGCAGCCAUCCAUAGCCAACUGGAGAACCAAAGAGUAUCGGAAUCCUAAGGUUCAUCUGUCUUGUGAGCAAGGAAAGAAUAUAACAAGCAUAAAAUUUGCAAGCUUUGGCACUCCAGAAGGUCUCUGUGGAGGUUACUCGGAAGGCAGCUGCCAUGCUCAUAAAUCUUAUGGUUUAUUUGAGAAGAGGUGCAUUGGUCGUCAGUCAUGCGCCGUAGCAGUUGUUCCUGAAGUUUUUGGCGGAGAUCCGUGCGAGGGGGUAAUGAAGUCAGUUGCAGUGGAGGCCAUCUGUGGGUGAAGUCCAGUUACAGAAUCAGUUGUUACAGAAUCAUGAAUCAAAUUUUCUCGUAUUCACACAAAUUUUUACAGGUUUUUAAGCUUCAAUUCUUAUAAAUAGAUUAUGGCAUUGGUAGUUUGGUGCAUUGGUGAUAAUGGUGUAGGCAGAAGGCAGCACCAUGAUUGCAGUAGAUAAGUAGAGUUUACAAAUGGGAAUUGUUGGAUGCAGAAAGUAAUCAAGAGGUUGAAGAUCAGAACUUUGACUUACAGAGGAAGAGGAAUCUCAAUUUCAGUUUGUUAUGUUACGAACUGUGGCCAUUGAUUUUGACUUCAGUUUGAAGCUUGUGGGAUUUUUUUUUUUUUAAAUCAUUGGAGCAUUUUGAUUCAAAAUUCUUGUUUCAAUCUUCUGAUAAUUGAAUACAUCAUCUUGUAUCUAUUUAUUCCAUUGAAUGGAUUUCUGUAUGAUGGACCAUA